GUUUGGCGGUGCAUCGAUAAUACUCCACCCCGCUUCUUUUUUGUUAUUCUCUUUCCAAAUUAGCUUUUAUUACGAGUGUUUUAAUGUCACCUUGCGAAAGACGCUUAACGAAAUGGAGCUAUCAAACAAACUCCGUUGGGACCAAUUCCUGAUUUUGGCAGCAGCACUUAUGUCACCUGCAUUAACGGUGCUGUGCAAUGACAUCCUCAGCCUGAAGGUGGCAGGAGAUCCAGUGCUAACCCCAAACUCGGUGUGCCUGAGGUUGGCAGGUCUCAGCAAGCGCCAGAUGCGGAUGUGUGUGCGGAGCCCCGAUGUCACGGCCUCGGCUCUGCAGGGCAUCCAGGUGGCCAUCCACGAGUGCCAGCACCAGUUCCGAGACCAGCGCUGGAACUGCUCCUCGUUGGAGGGCCUUGGCAGGCAGCCCCACCAUAGCACCAUCCUUAACAGGGGGUUUCGUGAGAGCGCCUUCUCCCUGGCCCUGCUGGCAGCGGGUGUGGCUCACUCUGUGGCCUCCGCCUGCAGCAUGGGCAAGCUGCGGGGUUGCGGCUGCGAGGCCAAGCGUCGCCAGGACGAUGACAAGAUCCGGCUGAAGCUCACGCAGCUGCAGCUGCAGACCUUGCAGAAGGGUGGGCUCGGCGUCGGCAUGACGCGGGCCCUGCCCUCGGAGCUGGGCGGUCGCCAUGGCGACCUGCCUGCUAACCUGCACUCCAGCUACCCGCCCACCCUGCUCAAGCCUUUACCGGACGAGCUGAGCUCCAUGCAGGAGACCUGGGAGUGGGGGGGCUGCAGUCACGACGUGCGAUUCGGGGACCGCUUCUCCAGGGACUGGCUCGACUCCCGUGGGUCCCCGAGAGACAUACACGCACGCAUGAGGAUGCACAACAACCGAGUGGGGCGCCAGAUAGUCACUGACAACAUGAAGAGGAAGUGCAAAUGCCACGGCACAUCAGGGAGCUGUCAGUUCAAGACCUGCUGGCACGUGUCCCCCGAGUUCAGGCUCGUGGGCUCCCGGCUCAAAGAAAAGUUCCUGUCGGCCAUCUUUGUCAACUCCCAGAACAAGAACAACGGCGUGUUCAACUCCAGAGCGGGGGGCGGCGGCCGCCGGCGCAGCAUGUCCCGGGAGCUGGUGUACUUCGAGAAGUCGCCGGACUUCUGCGAGCGCGACGCCUCGGUGGACUCGCCGGGCACGCAGGGACGCCUCUGCAACAAGACCAGCUACAGCACGGACGGCUGCGGCUCGCUGUGCUGCGGCCGCGGACACAACAUCCUCAGACAGACGCGCAGCGAGCGCUGCAAUUGUCGCUUCCACUGGUGCUGCUAUGUGAUGUGCGAGGAGUGUCGCCUCACGGAGUGGGUCAACGUGUGCAAGUAGACGCCACCUGCAAGAACCCAUCCAGGAGUCACGACGGGAAACCUUUUCCCAAUGAAUGUGUGUCCUUCAUCCGGGAUCUAUUUGUAGAUUGAUCCUAUUGAGGAGGGGACUCGUGUCAUGUUAUGCCAUGGCCUCUCACCCUUGUAAAUGAUCUAAACCCCUUUUAUCCUGAUGAACAUGGGGAAUCGCUGACUCAUCCUAUUGUACAAUAUGUGUGUAUUUACUGUGUACAUGUAUAUUUGUAAAUGUAUUAAUAUUAUUGUGUUGUGAGGUUCUGGUUCUAAUUGAUAACAGACGGGAUGGGAAACCGGCGUGGUUGGACAGUAGUUUAUUACUGAGUGCUUCUAAUGAUCUCCAAGAUAUUUAUAACAGAGACAGAUCCAAGAAACUUGUUUAGGAGCGAGUAACAAAAUCUAAAAUCUAAGAAGGCACAGUGUCCACAAGGACUGAUGCACAUGAUAGAGAACUUUCAUCAGGAUGUUAUUGUGAUUAUCGAUGAUUGUGCACUUGUGGAGAUCGAAAUGGGAAACUUUGAAGUCGCUUAUGCUUGUACAUCUGUAUUAAUAGUAAUUAAUUCCUGAGUGGUCACUAGUGCUGUUUUUAUAAUAUAGAAUCGCUCACUCUUGAUCUAACUGUGAUGUGAUGUGUGUCAUUUUGCCAUGAAAUCAGCCUGAGACUUUAUUAUUUGGCGCUUGCUUUUUUCAGGCCGACCACUGCUUAGAUUCUUCCCACAUGUCGUACAUGUCAAAGUGAGAGAUGGACCUGCUUUAGGCCUGAACUGAUGCUUAAGGGCGUGCAUAUGUCUGCGUGUGUGUGUCUGUUGCUGUGUAAAUGAGGGCUAAGCUCGGCACACUGCAGAUCUGGGAGGUGAGAGCCGUUUUUAUGGCUACUUCAUGCUGAGAGAAGGACUUUUUACGGCCGCAGGAUAUUGUUUCCUUAAAGUAUGACUUUUAUUACUGGAGAGAUGCAUCAAGAGACCGUGGAGUGGGGGUGAUUGUACCAGUCUUUGCUGUGUGAGCAUCUGAGGGGAUCAUCUGUCCAGAGUUCAUAGCCAAGGAGGGGACUUAGUGAAGCACAUGCCACUGGGAUGCUGGGUCCACGUUACCUGGGAGACAGACUACACAAACACAAACACAGCCGCAUAAACACAUGCAUGCGUUUAGGUACAAAUUCACUGACAUGUAGAAAUACCGACGAUGAUGUACAAUCAAGAACAUAAAUGCUGGUUCACACACACGAACUGUCAGAACCGCCGGUGAUGCAAGUGAUUUGCAUCCUCAUUCCAGUUCGUCUGCAGAUUUAGUGAAACGCUAAUGUCAGCACCUGACCGGAUUUAUGAUCGCAGCAUUUCAACAUCUCUUGGAUGAUCGAAACUGUCUACAUGUGCAGUCUGCUGGAAGGAAAACCUGCCCCGUCAUGCAUUGUAUGUGGGUUAAGCCUUGCUUCUUGGGGUUUGUGUAAAUAUCACUGGUGUCUUGUGGAAUGGCAAUGCCAGUGACUGAAUCAACUCCUGUUUGUAUUUUAGCAAGAGAAUGUAAAAAAAAAAAAGAC